UAUAAAUCCUGCAACGCUGAAUAAAAAAUUUUCACAUAACAACAAAUAAUAAUCAAAACAAAAUUCCAAAAAUUAGCACUUCUUGAACAUUACAAAUUAACGAAUAACAAAUGGCUUCUGCUAAUCUCAUUUACAGCCUCAUCAUGGCACUAACUCUCAUGUGUUGCUCUUUUUCGAAAGCCUUUCCGGGUUCGGGCCAGGCUGGCGGUGGUUAUUCGGGCCUCACCCCUGAUUUCUACCUGUAUUCAUGUCCUCAGGCUAAUGAGAUUAUAAUGUCUGUGUUGGAAAACGCCAUUGCUGAAGAUCCUAGAAUGGCUGCUUCCUUGCUCAGGCUCCACUUUCACGACUGCUUUGUCCAGGGCUGUGAUGCAUCUGUACUUCUAGACGACGACAAGACGAAUAUAGUGAGCGAGAAAAAUGCGGGACCCAACAAAAACUCGUUGAGAGGAUUCGAAGUUAUCGAUGAAAUCAAAGCCAAACUCGAACAAGUUUGCCCACACACUGUUUCAUGUGCCGACAUUCUUUCUCUUGCUGCCAGAGAUUCCAUUGUACUUAGUGGAGGACCUCAUUGGGAGGUUCCAUUAGGAAGAAGGGACUCAACAACAGCAAGCCUCACCAAAUCAAACACUGACAUUCCAGCACCAAAUUCAACCAUCCAAACACUCACUAACAUGUUCAUGCGCCAAGGCCUUGACGAACUAGAUCUCGUUGCUCUUUCGGGAGGACACACGAUAGGAAUGGCGAGAUGUGUGACAUUUAGGCAGAGACUGUACAGCCAAAAUAAGGACAUCACACUCGAGAAAAACUACUAUAACGGUCUCAAAUCCGUUUGCCCGAAAAUCGGUGGCGAUAACAACAUCUCGCCUCUCGAUUUCACGUCCCCUGUGAAAUUCGACAACAGCUACUUUAAACUCUUGUUGUGGGGCAAAGGGCUUUUAAACUCGGACCAGGUUUUGCUCACGGGUCAAACUACAGAGCUUGUGAGGAUGUUUGCAGAGGAUGAGGCUCUGUUUUUUCACCAUUUUGCGAGUUCUAUGCUGAAAUUGGGGAGCAUUAGGCCGCUUGUUGGGUCUCAGGGAGAAAUUAGAAAAAAUUGCCGGAGGUUGAACUGAAUUUUUUAUUUUUUUUUGUAAUUAAUGUUAUAGUUAUUAUUAUUAAUAUCUGAAGUGUUUAUGUACUUAAAAUCAAAAGUUUGAUGAAUGCUGCUUGUGUAAUUUGUUAGUUGAUUAUGGCUUCUGGGUUUGUAUGUGAAAGUGUAAGUGAAAUUAAAGAUUGUUAACGGAACUUCAGUGUUCUAUAUGAAUUGUGAAGUGAUAAAUUAU